AAAUGGGGGAGUCUCAUGCUCCAUCAAAACCAAAACUAGAUGGAGAGUUGUGUCUUCGUCCGAGUAGUUCAGUGUUUUUGGGAGAUCAACAGCUGUAUUUCACACAAGAGUAUCUACGAACAAACUCGUUAAAUCUCAAAUAUGUCGUUUACUUUACGGCUUGCCAAUUCUCAGGUCCAAUCGCUGUCGCAUAUUCUCCUCGUCCAGCUUCCUGGUACAUUUGGAUCAGAACCAUCAGUGGAAGAAUUUUGAAGCGAGACAUGGCAUUCAAUGAACCAGUUUUUAUGGAAUGGACUCGUGCUCAUUGCCUUUUAGUUCUGAAUAAAGCAGGAAGAGCCCACAUAUUUUCUUCUCUGGGCGAGAAAAUUUCCGAGGUUAUUUUCGAUUCACAAAUGUCUGAUGUUCACGAAUGCCGCACAUUUGCCACGUCACGAGGAGACAGUGGUAUUGCGGUAAUGGAUGUUGAUGGUCAGGUUUCUGUAGUAAAUUCUGUAUCGGAGCCGGUGAUUUGGAGCAUGAAACCUCCAUACUCCGAAAUGCCGACAGCAUGGACAGCCUUCCAGCCUCAUUCACAACUUACCCACAUUCUGCUCAUUUUCGAAGCUGUAUUUUUGAUGGGAUGCCAAGGAGAAUCACUAAGAGAACAAAGCCACGCAGCAUCUUGGGUUGAUUCGAAUACGAAAUAUGUGAAGUGUGUUGUGGAUGAUGCGAGAAGUAGGAUUGCCAUGAUGACGGAGAGUGGAAAAAUACAAAUUGUCUCCAUUGAUCUCUCUACAUGCUUCUGCACAGUGGAAAUCACGGAUCAUGACAUCGCAAAAUGCAUCAACUUCGGAUGGGUUGGAAAUUCGGCUGUAUUUGUUCAAAUGUCACCAUCUCUUAUUGUUUUUGUUAAUGUUAGUGCACGACGUAAGCCAGGAGACGAAGUCCAGAUUUAUGAGAAAAUGACUGCAAAUGCUAAAAUAAGUAUAGAACCAGAUGGAAUUCGGUUGUUCGAGAGUACCCAAGUGGAAUUUGUCGAAGCAGCCAGUCGAGAAAAGAUUGCAGUUUUGAAUCGAAAUCCAAACGAAGAUGGUGCUCAUCUGUACAAAGCAGCUCAGGAAAUGAGUCAAGGAACCGGACACAAUUCUUUUGCAGCAUCUACAGUAAUCCAGGAUCUCUAUAAAGCUAUUGAUGAUUGUAUCUCCACUGCAUGUGACACGUGGCAACCUGAAGAGCAAAAGUUGCUACUAAAAGCGGCUCGAUUCGGAAUGGCCUACACAAACACAACGCCAGAUACUACGAAAUUAAUGAGAGCUAUCAAAGAAAUCCGAGUGCUAAAUGAACUAAGAAUGGUUCGCACUGGCAUCCCGCUCACUCAUCGACAAUUCAGGGCUAUUGGAGAAACCUGCGUGAUAAACAGACUUAUCGACAUGGGAUCCUAUAGUGUUGCAAUUAAAGUUGCUCAAUGGCUCGGCGGAGAAACAAGUGAAAAUGUAGAUCGAGUGCUCUUAGAAUGGGUCAGAAGAUCUAUUAGUAAAGUCUCGAAGAGCAAUAUGAAAAUGGAUCAGCCAGCAUUAGAAGCUUUAGAUGAAAAGAUUUCUGCAAAAUUGCUUCAAUUUCCUCAUGUUUCCAUUGCCGAUGCGGCUCGACGAGCGAUUGAAGCAAAACUUCCAGAACUUGCGAGGCUGUUCAUUCGAAGAGAGACAGAUGAUGCAAACCAUGUGGCAGUCUUACUCCAACUCAACGAUGUUUCAGCUGCACUCCAGAAAGCAUCGGCUUCUCAGAGACCACAGUUAAUUCAUCAGGUUGUACGUCAUCUAAUGAACAGUGAAAGUCGCUCGAGCUAUGAGCUCGCAAUCAGUCGAAUUCCGCUUGCCCAAUGUCUAUACCAGGAUCUCGUUAGACAAGAAGGUGAAACUCGCGGAGCAUCUUCGAGACAAAUGUUAGCACUUUUGGAACAAGCCAGCGACUUCGAGAGACAAACUUUAUUCCAUUUUGAUGUUGCAGAAACUGAAAGAAAUCCCGAUGAACGUUUAAAUGCUCUCCGACGUGCCAAGGAUGCUGCAAAAAGUAUGGGUGACAAGGCAAUCGAAGAGAUUCUGAAUGACGUCAGCGCAUUUGCUCCACUACAAAUUCAACGGGGACAAGCAGACAUGUCAGUGAGGGAUACGGUAAUUGAGAUGGCACACGACACUGCAAAGGUUGCACAGUUGAAACAGCAAGCAAGAUUGACUGAUAAACAAGUUUUGUUAUGGACAAUCGAAGGAUUGGCUAAAAAAGGAAAAAUGGAGCAGCUGUUUGAUUUGGCUCAAAAAAGAUCUCCAAUUGGAUAUGCUCCAUUCGUCAAAGCCUGUGUUCGAUAUAAAAGACUUGACGAGAUCAAGAAGUAUUUUGCAAAAGUUAAUGGAUAUCCAGAUCUGGUGGCUGCUCAUCUUGCAAUGAAAAACUACGUGGAAGCUGCCAAGCUGGCCUACGAUCGCCGAGACCGUGAUGUCUUGCACGCAGUUCACAUGAAAUCUCACGAAGAUCCCACACAAUGUCCGAGAGUCGGUCAAUUUCUCAGAUCGCUGGACCAGAACUGAGAUUGAGAAGAAAUUUGUAAAUAUUAAUUAUUUGCCUUCAAACAUUACUUAUAGGUUAAUAUUCUGUGAUAAGUUUAAAAUUCGCCAAAGUUUUUCCUUUUUUUUGCUUCAAGUUUUACAUCUGUAUACGUGUUCAUAUAAAUUUUGAUGUGCCUUUG